AUGAGUGACAACGUCGCUCCGGCGAAAGUCUCGUCCUCGAGAAAGAAUACAUCGCAUGCCGCUGAGUCUGGCGACAACUCUUCCACAAACCAGAACACCACCGACAAUUCCACCGUCAACGACGGGCAACAGAACCCUCCAGCGCCGCCCAUGGCUUUCCAAGGUCCCCCGCCUCUCGAGGAGCUCGCCAGCCACGCAACUCGCAUCCACCGGGACUGGAACCCCAAGUAUGGUCGGGUUCAGAAGUGCGACUGGUGCAACGGUCGCUCCGUUGGCACUCUCCAGGUCUGCUCCGCAUGCUCCCUCCGCAUGUGCGAGGACUGCGCUCGGCAGCGGAAGUGGCACACCAACCGCAGCCACUUCAUCGAUGCGGACGCCUGUGACUGGUCCCUCAAGAAAGCAGCCAACAACCGUGGCUCCAAGCGUCCUGCUCCGGCCGCCUCCAGCGCUGAGCCAUCAACCCCAGCGCCGCGUCGUCGCAAGCUGAACAUGGCGACUGAGUCGCGCCAAGACGAUGAUGAUGAUGACGCCUCCAUUGACGACGCCGCCAGCUUCCUCAAUUCUGGCCCCGGCCGCCGUCGGUUUCCCGCGCCUGCCAAUGUUCGCCAUCAACCUGAUGAAGCUCUUCCUAAUCCAUCAGCUGCCCGCGACGUCCAUAGACAGGAGUCUCUCCCUCAUCGCCAGGCCCCUCACAACCCCGCUCAGCAUGGCACACUAGAGCCGACCACGGCAGCCCCCAGAGCCCGCCCGAGUGUCCGACAGGCAGCUGCUAGGGUCAUGCUGAGCCUGAACGGAACUGCUCGGCAUUCCUCUCGCGGUCGCUUUGGUGACGAUGGUGAUGGGUACGAUGAAGAGCAUGAGGACGAGGAGCAGGACGGUGAAGGCGAUGUUUACAAGAAAAAGGGGCACGCCGAGCAAGUAAACGACCCGCUCCUUCGCCGCGGCAACCAACGCGAGCAAGGCACCGCUGGUCGCCCACUUAGCCACGUUCGCACUGGCCGCGAGCACACGUCUUCCCCUUUGGUCGGCGAAGACUUGAGUCGUCAGCCCUUGGCUCACCGGCCUGCCCCUACAGCCGCAGACAUCGAGCACGACCGCAUCAUCCUGAACAUCUACGAUUGGGUGUACGGGAACCGCCCCAACCUCGACCCUCGGCGUGCGCGCACCCAGAUUCCGGACCACUGGGCCGGUAACUGGCAGACCAUGGCUCCUCAAUAUGGCCGGGAGGGAAGCCCUUCUGUGUACAAUUCGUACCCUGCACCUCAGUACCCGGCCCCUGGCUAUGGCCAGUUCCCUUCGCACGCGCCUGCUCCCCCCGGCUACCCGCCCCAUGGCUACCACGAAUAUCAGGGGUACGCGCACUACCAAUGUUACGGCGCCGGAGGCCCCUGUCCCCCCAGAGCACGCUCAAACCCGGCCUACCACCCCUACAACGAACACAACCAGGCCGAGAUGGAGCACGCCCGUCAAGACAGCACGACGCUGGACGAGAUGAUCAACGCCUGGACGUACCACCCCUUGCUGCUGCGUCUGAUGAAUCACGAGAACCGCCGGGUCUACGCCAUCGGCCUGCUGUGGGACGUCCUGGAGGUGCGGCGCACGCGUGUUUUUAUCCGGGACGACUCACAGACGGUGCGAUGGUUCAUCAACGAGCGUGAUCGCCAGUUCCGGAUUCAGCACUCGGCGGCCUACAACUCCCAGCAUGGCCAGUACCAGUUCCGGGCUCCGACUCCGGUCCUGAUUAAGGGCCACACGCCUUUUGCUCAAUUCCCUACUCCGGCUCCUCAGGGCCAGUGGGAUGAGGUGACUGGUCAUGGCAACCAUGCCAUUGAUGCUUGUCGUGCGGAGUCUGCUGGUGAGGAUGAUGCUCGUUCUGAGAACCGCAGCGUCGUGAUGGUUGAGGAGGGUGAGGAGGUGGUUGAGGAGUGA